GCCAUAACGCGUCGUCGUCGCUUCGCCUUUGGUAGUGCUGUGCUCUUCCCUCCGUUCGCGAGCUCCUCCGCCUCAGCACGAGGGAGUCUCCCGUUCUCCAAAUUCCGAAAACGUAGAAAAGAAGCGGUAAUAGGAAUCAGCGAGGGGAAGCGACCAUGACGGAUUACGCGCAGGAGCAGGAGAUGGAAAUCGAAGCUUUACAAGCCAUACUCAUGGAUGAUAUCGAAGAGAUCGACUGCAGUGAGAGCGGGCUAAGCACGAAGAAUCGGUGCUUCCAAGUUCUACUGUCUCCACAGGACGAUGAUCUGGAUGAGUCUGCCUAUGUUCCAGUUCAGUUGGCGCUGAUAUUUUCUCACACUGAAAAAUAUCCAGAUGAACCUCCGCUGCUCAAUGUUAGAAGCGUGCGUGGAAUUAAAUCUGAGGAUCUAAUGCUAUUGAAAGAAAACCUUGAGAAAGAGGCAUCAGAAAAUCUCGGCAUGGCAAUGAUCUAUACACUUGUCACAUCAGCUAAGGAGUGGUUAAGUGAGAAGUUCGGCCAUGAUGUUCCUGUUGAGGAUACUGAGGAAACGGAUACAGCCAAAGAUGAUGUUAUUAUUCCUCAUGGAGAACCGGUUACUGUAGAAAGUUUCAUUGCUUGGAGAGAACGCUUUGAAGCUGAGUUAGCUCUAGAGCGAGCAAAGCUUAUGCCAGAGUCUGCUCUUACAGCUCCUAAGGAGAAGAAGAUUACUGGAAGACAAUGGUUUGAAAGCGGAAGACAUGCAGCGAAAGGUGCAGCUGCUGUUGCUGAGGGCUCUGAGGAGGAAGAAGAGGAAGACAUUGACUUUGAUGACGACUUUGAAGAUGAAGAAGACAUGCUUGAGCACUAUCUUGCGGAGAGUUCUGAAAAAUCAACUGAGGGAUCCCGAAAGUGAAUUCAAAGACUGGUUUAUGAACACUAAACUUCCGUUGUGCCUGAAAUAGUAUGUAGUUUUCUUUACAGUCAUCAAGUUUGAGCUUUUGGCUAAAUAUACUCCACCAACUGUUCUUUGGAUGGACAUUAUACUUGUCAUUGUGCUAUUCUUUCAAGAAUAGUGUUUCUCAUAUGAUUAGGGUUUCCCUCGUCCCUAGAUUUUGAUCAUCAAUUAUUAAGACCCAUUGUAGCUUUUAUCUCCGAGGGGAGUAUCUGCAGCUAAAAGUUGUAUUAGCCAUUCUUGCGAUAUCAAUCCCUGUUUCUCCUUCCA